CCGGAGUCGCAGCGCAGGGAGUUUGCGGAGAAGCUAGAGUCCCUGCUGCACCGCGCCUACCACCUGCAAGAGGAGUUCGGCUCCACCUUCCCUGCAGACAGCAUGCUGCUGGACCUUGAGAGGACACUCAUGCUGCCGCUGACUGAGGGCUCGCUGCGCCUGCGGGCGGACGACGAGGACAGCCUGACCUCAGAGGACUCCUUCUUCUCUGCCACGGAGCUUUUCGAGUCCCUGCAGGUCGGAGAUGUCCCAGUCCCACUCUCCAGACCUGCGGCUGCCUAUGAGGAGGCCCUGCAGCUGGUGAAGGAGGGGAAGGUGCCCUGCCGCACGCUCAGGACUGACCUGCUGGGCUGCUACAGUGACCACGAUUUCCUGGCCAAGCUGCAUUGCGUGCGGCAGGCCUUCGAGGGCCUUCUGGAAGACAAGAGUAACCAGCUUUUCUUCGGGAAGGUUGGCCGGCAGAUGGUGAUGGGCCUGAUGACCAAGGCUGAGAAGAGCCCAAAAGGCUUCCUGGAGACCUAUGAGGAGAUGCUGAGCUAUGCCCUGCGGCCUGAGACCUGGGCCACCACACGGCUGGAGCUGGAGGGCCGUGGGGUCGUGUGCAUGAGUUUCUUCGAUAUCGUGCUGGACUUCAUUCUCAUGGACGCCUUCGAGGACCUGGAGAAUCCCCCGUCCUCAGUGCUGGCCGUCCUCAGGAACCGCUGGCUGUCAGACAGCUUCAAGGAGACAGCCCUGGCCACUGCUUGCUGGUCGGUCCUGAAAGCCAAGAGGAGACUGCUGAUGGUGCCUGACGGCUUCAUCUCCCAUUUCUACUCCGUAUCGGAGCAUGUGAGCCCCGUCCUGGCCUUCGGCUUCCUGGGACCCAAGCCCCAGCUCGCUGAGGUCUGUGCUUUCUUCAAGCACCAGAUCGUGCAGUACCUGCGGGACAUGUUUGACCUGGACAACGUGCGCUACACAUCGGUGCCGGCGCUGGCGGACGACAUCCUACAGCUGUCACGGCGGCGCAGCGAGAUCCUGCUGGGCUUCCUGGGGGCACCCGUGGCCAGCAGCAGCAUCAUGAACGGGGCGCUGCCCUGCGAGAACGGGCCCCUGGGGGAGUUGCAGUAGCAGCGGCGCUGGC